CGCUCUGUUCAGCUGCGAAAGUUUCUUUCUUGACGUUGUAUUCUCUUUUGACUUUGAUUGGAAACCGAUAUAUCUUUUUCUGUGAAAUUGCAGAGUUUAGUUUCCUCAUGCAUAUUCACAUCUCUGACUAUAAUACGCUUCUGGGUCCUCGAUCGUCUCAUAAUUUCUCGGGAUUUCUUCCUCGCCAUUGCAAUUAGCUCCGUGGGUAUCUUUUAGUUCCUAUUCCUUAAGGUACAAAUAUAAUGAGAGCUCCAUCAUUACUUGCUCAAUGCUUGCCUGGCUUGGUGCCCCAAGAUAAAGGAAGCCACAGCACUCCGUCCAUUUCAGAGAGAGAUGUCCAUCUUCCCUCACCAGCCGUUGAGAUUCUCCCUUCAAAGACAGCUCAUCCGUACAAAUAUGCAGGGGAGAAUGUAGAUUUGCAUGGUCUCAAUGUUUUUAAGGGUAGAGUUAGCGUUGCCGAUAUAAUUGGCUUCAAUAACUCAGAAUCCGUAUCUUCAAAGCCUGAAGGUUAUCUGAAAUGUUGGGACAGUUCCAUUGAUCUUGUUAAUGUCCUGAAGCACGAGAUUCGUGACGGACAGCUGAGCUUUAGGGGUAAAAGAGUACUUGAGCUGGGUUGUAGCUAUGGACUUCCUGGGGUUUUUGCUUGCCUCAAGGGAGCAAGCAUUGUGCACUUUCAAGACCUCAGUGCAGAAACUGUUAGAUGCACAACCAUACCGAACGUUCUUGCUAAUCUCGAACAAGCUCGGGACAGGCAGAGCAGACAGCCAGAGAGUCCCUUAACUCCGUCCAGACACACUUUGACCCCGUCGGUACAUUUUUAUGCCGGUGAUUGGGAAGAGCUCUCGACGGUCUUAUCUGUUGUCAGGGGUGAUGGAUUUGAAGUUCCUACUGGAAUGAGCUUGAGCUUCUCUGAAGAAGAUUUUAUGGAUGGUUGCAGCAGUCAAGAUGGCAGCAUCAUCGGCCAUGAGUCUUCCUCAAGGAGAUCGAGGAAAUUAUCGGGAAGCCGAGCAUGGGAGAGGGCUAGCGAGACCGAUCAAGGAGAAGGUGGAUAUGAUGUCAUUUUAAUGGCAGAAAUUCCAUAUUCUCUCAACUCUUUGAAGAAACUAUACGCGCUUAUAAAAAGAUGUGUGAGGCCACCAUAUGGAGUGCUAUACUUAGCUACAAAGAAGAAUUACGUCGGUUUCAACAGCGGAGCGAGGCAUUUGAGGAGUCUGGUCGAUGAGGAAGGCGUUUUUGGAGCUCACUUGGUGAAGGAGAUGACCGACCGAGACAUUUGGAAGUUCUUUCUCAAGUGAGAGAAUGGAAAAACAGUACAAGCUCUUGAAGAAACCAUGCAGUAAAGUCCAUGGUGCAGGUGCCUUUGAUUACAACACAAUCAAGUUUUAUGUAAAAUUUUUAUCACAAAGUCUAUGUUUUUAAUGGAGUUGCCUAAGUUAGAAUGGGAGUGGUUUAGUCAGUGAAGCAUUUAUUUUGCUUCUUUGGUUGUAUAAUCUAUAAUUUUUCUUUGAUUUCUUGUCAAUUUUGUGAGGAUUUUUCCUUACUAUUACUGUAAAUUAAACAUUCAGUAAAUCAAAAGUUGAAUAUCAUUGUUUUGUUGA